GAGUCAGCCCCUUAGCCAGAUCACUUGGUAGGAGACACUCAAGAGAGCAAGAUGUUCUCAUGCUGCAUCCCCACGAAUCGAGGCUCCUGCUUCAAAAAUGGUGGGAGUGAGAGCCUUUUCCGUCGCUGCCGACAAAGGCUCAUCCCUCACCCCAGGCGCCUGUGGCCUUUUGGACACAGGUGCACCCAGGUGCCACAGGGUAGCCCAGGGCAGACCCUUGCAAACCAGGUCUCACUAGAUAGCAUAUCGGAUCCGUAUCUGCAUAUUGUCCUUGUCCAGCAGGCAAUUCUGAAGCACAUGGAGGCACAGGCACAUGCUCCUGAGAACUUAAAAUACAAGAACUUCCAGCACCAGCAGUCCAGCCAGAGCCAACUGUAUCAGAGGAGCCCCCUACAGAGACAUCGCAGGAGCUAGAGCAGCUCCACAGCCCUCCUGCCCCUCUGUUGGGGCAGCC